AUGUCGAGUGACAGUGGACGUUCGUUCGGCAUGUGCAUGCUGGAGAUGGCCACCGGCGAGUACUCCUACUCGGAGUGCAGCGGGCCCACGCAGAUAUACAAGAAAGUCGUCUCGGGGGUGAAGCCGCAGAGUUUGGACAAGGUGACGAUACCGGAAGUGAAAGACAUCAUCGAAUCGUGCAUCAAGCCAGAUAAAGGAGAUCGGCCGAAAGUGAAGGAUCUGCUGAACCACGAGUUCUUCGGCGAGGACAUCGGCCUGCGGCUGGAGAUCGUGGGCAGAGACCUUGUGACUUCCUCCGACAUCGCCAAAAUACAGUUCCGCCUUAAGAUUAUCGACCCUAAGAAACGGUCGUACACCCACAAAGAGAACGAAGCCAUCCAGUUCGACUUCGACAUGGAGCGCGACGACUGCCAGGACGUCGCCAACGACAUGGCGAAGGCUGGGCUCAUCAUGGAGGAAGACGCCCGGCUGGUGUUCAAACUGCUCAAGUCACAGCUUAUAAGCUUAACGAGGGAGAGGAGUGAGAAGAAGACCCAGAUGCUAUUCAACCAGCAGCUGAUAGAGCAGGACAGACAGCAACAAAUGUUAUUAGAGCAGCAGCUACGGCAGGUUAAAAUGAUCCAGAACCAACAAGUUGGACCUGUAGAAGUAACAUCUGGACUUUUGAACGGCGUCGGAUCUCAACCUUUAGCCGCCGUGCAGUUAGACCAGCAAUCCCAGCUCCUGCAAGCGCAGCAGCAGCUGUUCCAGCAGCAAUUCCAGCAACAGUACAGCGAGGAGGCGAUGCAGCUGCUGCAGCACAACCUGCGGCAGCAGGCGCGCCUCUCCCCCGCCGCGCCCGCCCCUCCCCCGCACCAGCUGUUGCAGCACCAGCAGGUCCUUCUAGAACAGAACAUGAAACAGCAAGCCCUGAUGGAGCAGAACCUUCGCAAUCAGCAGCAGAUGUUGGAGCAGACGCAACAGCUGGAAACCCAGCAAUUGGACCCGCAGCAAAACAGCCUGCUCAGCCAGCAGUGCAUCGCCAAUGAGAUCAGCAACCAGCACCAGGCGUUGCAGCAGCACAUUAUACAGCAGCAGCAGAACAUCAUAGCUCAGCAGGCGGUGGCCAUCCAGCAGAAGCAGCUAGAAGAACAGCUAACACAAGAGAACUUCAUCGCACCUCCAGCCGUAGCCCCCAACCAGCUGGAUCCCUCGCUCCAGAACCUCCAGAACGUGCUGGCGCAGAUCAUCCAGCGGCCUGAUAGUCUUCAAGCUCGCAAGGAGUCGGAGUCGGAGCAGCAGCCGCAGCCACAGGAGGAGCUGCAGCAGCAACAACAGGAGCAGAUGCUGCAAAUGCAACAGAACCAGCUGUACCAGCAGGCGCAGUACAUCCCCCAGAAUAUCCUCCAGGUGGACCCCAACAUCUUAGCGCAGAGCCAACAGGUCGCGCAGGCUCAACAACAGGUGAACCAGGCGCAGCAGCAGCUCAACAUGCAGAAGCACAUGGUGGCCCAGCAACAGCUGGCCCUCCAGCAGCAGAUGAUGACGCACCAGCAGCUCCAGGUCCCGGGACAGACGCUCUCCCCCCAGCACAUCCGCACCCUCCAGCAGCAGCAGUACCUCGCGCAGCAGGAACUGCAACUGCAAUCGCAGCAGAACCUCCUCGACCAGCAGAACCUGGCGCUGUACGCUCAAAAACAGCAGCUCAUGGGGCAGCAGCAGCUCAGGGUCGAGGAGAUGCUGCGAGCGCAGAGGCCCAUGUACCAGCGACAGGCCUCUGAACAAAGCCAGGUCAGCUCCGCGGACGUGCACGAUCAACUAGUCAACGAAUACCAAAAACCCCUCCAGACGCAGAUGUCGGUGGACCAGUACAACCAGUAUUUGGAGCUGCAGCAAAUGCAGAAGCCUGAGGAGUACCACCAGAUGCACCAGAUGCAGGGGCAGUCGCUGCCUCACAAUGUGAUGAACUUUAGCCUCGCGGGCGACCGGCAGAUAUCUAGUCAUGAAGGCACCCCGGUGCAGAAUUACGCCACGAACCCGCUGCAGAUGUACCAGCCCGCCCAGUCGCAGCCCAUCCACAACGUUAUGCACUACCAGAACCAGAUGGAACAAGUGGAACAGGUGGCGCAGUUAGCGCCCAGUGUGCCGCAGUCGGUGCAAAGUACAGUGCCACAAACGGUGCAGAGUUCGGUGCCGCAGACGGUGCAGAAUUCUGUACCACAAUCAGUGCCGCAGGAGCUGACGAUACCCAACUCGUUGCCUCAAGAGGUCCGACCAGCGGUUUCCGAAGCGCCCCAGGCUUUAAACCUGCCCGAGCCUGAGAACGGUUCAGGCAACGGCAGCAAUAAAGAACAAUUCCACACGCCGCUGACGGAGUUCCCCUCAGGAGCCACCCACGAGGCUGCCAUACGCCAGCCUGAGCUCGCCUCUGUGGAAGAGAAGCAGGACAGCAAGGAAGCGGGUACAGCGAUACCAUCUCCAAUAACGGGCGACAAGAAGUCCCGCGGCUCGAAGAAGCGCUCGAGAGAGAAGGACAAGCUGCCCAAGCUUACCGUGCUGGAGGUGAACGAGACGAACGUGGAAUGUCAGCUGGAGUCCAAGUCCAAGACGGUGACGUUCAAGUUCGACGUGACCGACGUCAACCCCGAGGAGAUCGCCACCAAUCUGGUGUCGAACAAUCUGCUGCCGGAUUGGCAGGCGAUGACGUUCAUGGAGUUGAUAAAGGACAUCGUGCAGCAGCUGGUCACCAACCCGGGGUGCACUCCCGUGCUCAACCCGCAGCACACUGCGCUUCGCCUGCAGCUAGAUAAGACUGACUACGACAGCGAGACGACGGAGCGCGAGGAGAACCUGACGGACUCGAACCAGGACAACUCGGAGUGCACCACGCCCACCGCCAGCGCCGACCACUUGCCGCUCGCCGACCUCGCGCUCGACCCGCCCGCGGCCGCGCCGCCAGCUGCGGGCGGCCCGCCACCACCCGAGCCGCACGACCACGAGCCGCCGCCCAAGCCCAGCCACAUAGACGAUAUUGCAAGGAAGAUCAGCACCGCCUCGUCUAUAGGUUCCAAUCAAUCGGACGGCGGGUCCGCGGCGGCCGACCGCGCUCCUUCAGAAUCUCACCCCGCCGACGCCAAGCCCGCCGCGCCGGCGCGCAAGAUCUCCCGCUUCGUCGUCAGCCCCGUCGUGCCGCGCCCCGCCGACGUCGACCCCGACAAGCACGACCAGAAGCUCUACUCUGAAGUCGCUAAAGAGCCUAAGCCUGAAGUCAACGGCCUUGAUAAAGAGCCGCAGAAAGAAUUCGUUCCUACGCACCAGUACUCGGUGCCGCAGCUUUCACACGCGCCGCAGACUUUAACAGAUCAUAGGCCACAGGAAUUGAGUAGCGCGACUAGUAGCAUACCCAAUAGCAUACCUAAUAGUAUACCAAACGUACCUAGCAGUAUCCCAGCGCCGGUGCAGACGAUUCCCGCCCCUAUGCCGACGAUACAGAGUAUUCCGCAGCCGCUGCCGUCGUUCCAGAAUAUUAGCCCGUUGUUAAAUACGCUGCAACCGAAUUUGACGACGCCGCUGCAGAUCGCGACGGAUACGCCGCUGCUGGGGCUGAGUCAAGUGGGCACACCAAUGGCCGGCGAGCUCGGCCUGAACCCCGGCCUGAGCCAGCAGGAGCAGCUAGCGAACCGCCUGUCCUUCCCCACGCAGCCAGUGGACUCGUACCCUAACGCCGAGAACAUCCAGCGGAUGCUGCUCAAGCAGAACAUCAUGAACCAACAGCAGAACCUGUCAGGGCCGAACCUGCUGGGGCUGCUGAACCAGCCGGCCUACCCGCAGCCCGACCUCAUGCUGCACAACUCUCUCCUCAACAACGCGCAGCCUGCGUUGUCGCAGCGCCUGCCGCCCUACCCCGCCUACCAGCCCAUGCUAGCCACCGCCAACGAUCUCUACGGUAAGUUCAUGUCAUAUAUCUCCUCUAUCCUGUCGCUAGAUGGGCAGCAGCAGGCGCUGGGCGCGGGCGGGCUGGUGGCGCCCGGGCUGGUGGGGCUGGCGCUGGGCGCGCCGCUGCUGCCGCCGCUCGCGCUCAACCAGAACCUCAUGGCGCAGAACCGCCAGAACCUGGGUCUUGCGGGCCAGAACCUAGGUUUGAGCGGUCAGAACUUGGGCCUCGGCGGGCCCGGCCUUGGCCUCAGCGGGGCCGGCCUCGGUCUCGUGGCGCCGCUCAACACCCUGCAGCGGGCACGCGCCUGCUCCGCGCAGCGCAGGAUCCAGGAGGACUUGCAAGGCCUGGCGACGGGGUCGCAGGGCUCCUCGCAGCCCAGCACGCCCAACAAGCCGCACUCCUACAGCGAGUACAUGAUGACGCUGCAGCACAAGCUCGCCUCCAUCUCCAACAGCGGCCCGGUGUCGCCGCAGUCCCCCGUCGAGUACAGCCCGGCGCUCUCGCCCACGCACCGCAUGCAGCAACCGCAUAAGGUGGAGGCGGGCGCGGGCGCGGAGGCGCACAAGCGGCACGUGGCGGGGCUGGCGGAGCUCGACCACGAGCUCAGCAAGAUCUCGCUGCACUACAAGCAGCCGCCGCCCAAGGACGUGUUCCCUGAGCACGGCGGCGACAGUCACUCGCUGCUCGCGGCCGCGGCCUACGACGGCGGCGGCGGCGCGCUGGCGGAGGGGUGGGGGAGGGGGAGGGUGGCGCGCGUGCAGCCCUGCGCGCCCUACCAGCUGUGCCGCAUCCUGCAGCACGCGAAAGACAAUCUGGCGAGCGGCUCGUUUACGGGCACGGAGGAGGGCGACGCGGGCUCGCUGUGCUCGGAGACGGCGGCGGAGCCGGACGGGGAGGCGGAGGAGAGCGCCACGUACGUGGUGACGGGCGGCGUGCGCGCGCGCACCGUGCGCGUCGAGGACGCGCUGGCGGACAGCGUCGUCACCGUCAUCGACCCUAGUCAGCAGAUGGUGGAGAGCGGGGCGGCGUGCGUGGGGUCGGACACGGAGCGCAGCUACCUGGUGCUGGACCCGGCGCGCGCGCUCACGGCCGCCGUGCUGGCGCGCACGCUCGCGCUGCACCGCCUCCCCGCCUGCGCGCCGCCGCCGCGCCGGCCCAGCAGCCCGCCGCCGCCCGCCGGCGUGUCGGCUAGUGAGGAGCUGGCCAAGUGGAGGAGCGGAGAUUAUGGUACGUGGGGUCGGACACGGAGCCAGCCCGCCGCCGCCCGCCGGCGUGUCGGCUAG